GACGCAAAACUAACGCGUCACCGCUUGUUUGUCUUCCGACCUGAUUUGACGUUAGCUUUGUUCUGACUUGCGUUAUGAAGAGUUAUUAACACGUGUAAUGCGUUAUAACCAGCGUUUUUGAUUCGAACAUGUCCGAAGGGCAGUCGAAGACAAGUUAAUGAGAAUAAUAACAGUAUUCACCGCAUGUCAGGAUGAACUGGAUUUUUUCUAAAGGCUCUUCAGCGAUUCAGCCUCUGACCAGUUUACAGAAACAAAGACAGCGACAGAUCGAGUCGCUCAAAGCUGCGCAUUCUACCAUCGCAGAGAUCCAGAAAGAUGUCGAGUACCGGAUUCCUUUCACUGUCAACAACUCGACCAUCAGCGUCAACAUAUUGCUUCCACCACAGUUCCCUCAAGAGAAGCCCGUCGUCACUGUGUAUCCUCCCGUCGGCCAUCACGUAGUGGACGCGAACAACGGCACGGUGGUCACCAGCCCCCUCAUCACCAACUUCGGGAUGCACUCGGAUCUCGGGAAAGUAAUCCAGAGCUUGCUGGAUGAGUUCUGGAAGAGUCCGCCGGUCCUGAUGUCCGGCGCGCCGUCUUUCCCUUUCAUGUACAAGCCGCCGUACCCUGCGCAGAACUUUCGUUUUGUCCCCGCCUUCCCGAGCCAGGACCCCCAGCGGCCCGUCGUCCCCGCCCCGCUCCCCCCGCCCCCGGGACCAGAGCUACAGCAGGGGCAGAACCAGCAGAACCGUCCUCCGGCACCGACGUACGGGCUGAUCACGGACCUCCCGCUGCCCGUCCCCAUGGCCGACUCGCAGACCGGACUGAACGGUCACAUCUACAAGAUGCCCGAAAUCCCCGACUCGUUUCCAGAACUUUCCGAGAUGAGUGUGUCUCAGCUGAAGGACAUGAACGAUAACGAAGACAUGCUGCUGGACUAUUUUGCGUGUCUGCCUCAGCUCAAGCAGGUCUCCAGCGAUAAAGAAGACCUUGUGAUCGCCAUCGUCACUGUGGCCAAAAAGAAUCUGCAGCUGGAGCCACAGCUGGAAGGGAAGAGACAGGAGAUGCUGUACAAAUAUGAGCAGCUGACCCAGAUGAAGUCAGCUUUCCAGACCAAAAUGCAGAGACAACACGAGCUCAGUGAGAGCUGCAGCCUGAGUGCCCUGCAGGCGAGGUUAAAGGUCGCGGCCCAUCAGGCUGAGGAGGAGUCUGAGGAGACGGCCGAGAACUUUCUGGAAGGAAAGACGGAGAUCGACGACUUUCUCACCAGCUUCAUGGAGAAGAGGACGCUUUGCCACAGCAGAAGAGCUAAAGAAGAAAAGCUCCAGCAGGCCAUCUCCGUGCACGGACAGUUCCCCUCUUCACACUAGGCUCACUACUGGUUUUGGUACUAAAGCAGAACGCUCAGCCUCACGACAAACACGCAGCAAUGCAGAUCCAAAGUCCUACUGCUACCGGCUGGAGGAGCGGAGCGUGAGCUGAUGCUGAAUUUACUGAUUACGUGAAACAACCGACGGCGUUCUAGGUCGGCUUCAGCGAGGCUGUAGCAGGGUGUUAUUCAGAGUAUUAGGCAGCCAUUUUGAGUUCUCGUUAGCACACACUUUGAAUACUGACGAUGGAUUUCUUUCGGUUUGGACCUUCCUUGCACUUGAUGGAGAAUCUGAAAUUUGCCGAUGCUGCCAGAUACGCCACAAAAAAUACUGUAUUUAAUAUUGUUGAUAAUAGGCUUUAUUAUAAUCAGACAUUGUAUUAUAAGUUUAUUUAAUUUGAUAGGCUAAUAAAAUAUUUCCAAUAAUCACUCUG